CGCGCAUCUCCCUCGCGUCGCGCCCAAACACCUCGAGUAAGUGCCGUGCAGCCAUUAUAUCAAACGAAAAAUCUCCCAAAAAUGAGUAAUUCACUCAUUUAGUUGAAUAUUAACGCGCAAAACUCUAAAACUAUACUUUAUAUAAAACGGAAAACCGUAAAACAUGGGGGUUUUGAUAUCGCAAAAAUGGCUAGUUAAUAAGGCACGCUAAAAAUGUAAAAGAAUAUUUAAUAGAUUAAUUGUAAAGAAGUCUUCCAUUUAGAAUUAAAGUGUAGAGUUAAAAUAAAUGUCUUCCUGUUACGUCAGUUUUUGACAUAGUUAUACAAUAUCGAUAGUUAAAGAAAUCAAAAAUUGUGAAUCAGUAAAUCAAAAAAGUUUUAUACUAUAUUGUGAAGAAAAAGAACAGAAGAUGAUUAAUUUAGGACGCAUCAAGUUACCACCUAUCAAGAAUGUAUUGGACGUGGCAAUGCAGACCGUAAGACAGCAAGUACCUGAUAAACAAGGAGCACCACAACGACCUCCACAAAAUGUCCGAUUUGCUAACAUGGAUAUGGGUGAAAGCUGCGAGUUGUCAACGAUGAAUGAAACAACUUCGCCUACAUACCAGUCAACUAACCCUACCAACCCAUUUCUCAGCGGAGACCUUCAGGCUGAAGAUUCUUUUACCAGUUAUCAGAACACAUAUCCACAACAGGAUGGGGCUCCAAGAACGCAAAGCAUGCAAAGUGUUGACUUUUACGCUUCAUCAGAAGAAGGUGGUUUCGAAGAGGGUGGCGGAAAACCUGGCGCCAAGAUUAAUGAAUUCCAAGCAGCUUGGAAUGUCACCAAUGCUAUUCAGGGUAUGUUCGUAGUAUCGUUGCCUUUUGCUGUUCUGCAAGGAGGAUACUGGGCAAUAGCUGCCAUGAUUGGAAUUGCCCAUAUAUGUUGUUACACCGGCAAAAUCCUCGUUGAAUGCCUCUACGAAGACGACCCAGUAUCGGGACAACGCGUUCGAGUUCGCGAUUCUUACGUAAGCAUUGCUAAAGAGUGCUUUGGACGCAAAUAUGGUGCUAGAAUUGUUAACAUCGCACAAAUUAUUGAACUGCUUAUGACUUGUAUUCUCUACGUUGUCGUUUGUGGCGAUCUUAUGAUUGGUACCUUUCCUGAUGGCUCAAUUGAUACCCGAUCUUGGAUGAUGCUGACUGGAAUAUUCUUGUUGCCGCUUGCUUUUUUGAAGUCUCUUAAAAGCGUGAGCAUGUUGUCUUUUUGGUGCACAAUGAGCCACUUGAUCAUUAAUGCAAUAGUUCUCGGGUAUUGCAUUCUUUAUAUCGGCGACUGGGGUUGGUCGAAAGUUAAAUGGUCACUAGAUUUCGAAAAUUUCCCAAUCAGUCUAGGUGUGAUUGUGUUUUCAUACACAUCACAAAUAUUUUUGCCUACUUUGGAAGGAAACAUGGAAGACCGCUCAAGAUUUGAAUGGAUGUUAAACUGGUCACAUAUAGCCGCAGCUGCAUUUAAAUCUAUCUUCGGCUAUUUGUGUUUUUUGACCUUUCAAAACGAUACUCAACAAGUAAUAACGAAUAACCUCCGAUCAGCAGGUUUUAAAGGAUUAGUAAACUUCUUCCUAGUAAUCAAGGCAGUACUUAGCUAUCCUUUGCCAUAUUAUGCUGCUUGUGAUCUUUUAGAAAGAGUAUUAUUCAGAGGUAAACCGAAAACAAUUUUUCCGCCUAUUUACGCUUUAGAUGGAGAAUUGAAGGUUUGGGGUCUGGCUUGGAGGCUCGGUGUCAUAAUGUUCACAAUUCUAAUGGCAAUUUUUAUUCCGCAUUUCGCAAUACUCAUGGGCUUUAUUGGGAGCUUUACUGGUACCAUGUUGAGUUUUAUAUGGCCAGCUUAUUUCCAUAUCAAAUUGAAAGGCAAUCAACUCGAAAGCACAACAAUCGCUUAUGACUAUUUUAUUAUUGGACUCGGAGUACUCUUUGGUAUUAUUGGAAUGUAUGACUCUGGCUCGGCUCUUGUCAAAGCGUUUAAGAUAGGUUUGCCGUUCUAAUUAAAAGUAGUAUUUAGAUGAUUGUUGAACUAUUUUUAGAUUUACGCAUUUACUUCAUGUAUUAAAAUUUAAACUUCCGCACAGUUGCGAUAUGUCUAAGCAGUUAAACGCCAAAUAACAUCUAGUCUGUUGUGAUUGAAAUGAAUGUAACUUAGAAACUCGUUUAGAAAUAAGGAAAAGAUAUUAACCUUAAUAAUAAAUACCUACUACAUUACGAUGUUCAAAAUGUCUUCCAAUCAUAUUAUAUAGAUUUAUGUAUAUACGUAAAUUUAGAAGGUUAAAUUUAUAUUUACAAUGAUUUAGAGAAAUCAAAUGUCUUCCAAAAACAAAUAAUGUUCGAAAUUAUUCGACAACGAAGUCUUCCACAAAAUAUAGUAUAUAAAUGUUUAAGUAAAAAUUGCUUAAAUAUAAGAUAGGUUCCACGCCAUUAUUAUGUGCAAGAUAAUAAACUGUUUAGAUAUUAAUGUACACGGUCUUAAAAUAUAACUGGUGUUUUAAAUAUGUGUAAAAUUUAUUUGCAUAUUUCAUAUGUUUUUCUAGUGAAAUUAAUAAGAUCUAAAAUUUUAAUUAGUAAAUCAUUGGCAAUGCUUUUCUUAAAAGUUUACCUCAAAAUUUGUAUCCUACUUCAUAGUAAUCUAUAAGUAAGUACCUACUUAAUUGUUGUUGAUUAUAUAUCAUAUAAAAUUAAAUAUAGACACUAAUAUUACAUGUUGUUUUUGUCUAAACUAUGAACGUUAGAAAGAUACGAAGAUCUGGCCUUAAAAUUAAAGGAACAUACGCUGUUGAAGAAAAUAUAGCAAAUAAUAUGAAUUCAGGUUCAGAUCUACGUGUCAUUAUAUAAUGGAAUUGCAAAAAUGUUUAUGACUAAGAAAUUGUAGUCGGUCUUUUAAGAAUUAAUGAUUUGUUUUAUGUUAAUAAUUCUUAGUACAUACAAGUAAAAUGGUAUACAAUUUGUUGCUUUAAUCAAAGUUUUAUUCUGCAUGUAGGUAUACUUAUCUAUUUAUAAUUAUGGUAUCAUUUUGUUUUAUUUCAUAGUUAAUUAUUAAAAUAAAUGUCAAAAUAAAGUGAAGACGGUUUAGUCGAACUCGGCCUUAUUAGGCAUAUUUGUGCGAAACACAAUAGGGUCACCAAAUGUCCUAGUUUCCUGACAAUAAAAUAUUUGCAUUAAAAAAUCUCAUGCAUUACUCAAUUACCUUUGAUUUAUUGUAGGAUGAAAUUAUGAUUUUGUAUUUCAUGUAGUUGUUUAUUUACGCUUUAUUAACAUCAUACACGUAUUUAGAAAUGUAAUCAACUGCAAUAAUGUUUUAUAAAUACCUACGCAUGUAUUGUGAUGAAAAUGGAUUCUAAGUGUGUAUUUUAAAUAUUACAAAAUGUUAUUCGAU